AUGGGAAGCAGCUCAGAUUCGGAGUCAGAUAUCAGUGAUUCAGAGAUUGUGGAUUACUCGAAGAAACCUUAUGAGGGACUAAAGUCUGGGAGAUAUAAAGUAAAAGGCCCAAAUGGCAUCCUUAAGUGUCCCUUCUGUGCUGGGAAGAAGAAACAAGGUUACAAGUAUAAAGACCUUCUUCAACAUUCAACUGGUGUGAGCAAAGGUGCAUCCCACCGAAGUGCAAGGCAGAAGGCAAACCAUCUUGCUCUAGCAAACUACUUGAAUGAUGAACUUUCUGAUGGGGCCGAACAACACCCCCAGCAUGUGGUUACUCCUGAUCCUGCCGAUGACUCUGAUCAGANGAAAGAUGAACUUUCUGAUGGGGCCGAACCACAACCCCAGCAUGUGGUUACUCCUGAUCCUGCCGAUGAAUCUGAUCAGACUGAGUUAUACUGCUGGCCUUGGACUGGGAUUAUUGUUAAUAUUCACAAGCGGGAAUAUGGAAAAGAUUUGACUAGUAGUAGCUACUGGUUGAAGAAGUUCUCCAACUAUAAACCUUUGGCGGCUGAGCUUUUCUGGGAUGACGAGGAGUGUAUCGCAAAGGCUGUUAUAAGAUUUGAUAAUGAUUGGAAUGGUUUCAAGAAUGCAAUGGAGUUUGAAAAAUUCUUUGAAGCUGAUGACCACAGUAAAAAAGAAUGGGGUGCUCGAAGUAGGUCACCUGGUUCAAAUAUUUAUGGCUGGUUUGCUCGUGAUGAUGAUUACAGGUCAGAAGGGACAAUAGGAGAUUAUCUGCGUAAGACGGGGAAGUUGAAGACAAUAUCUGACGUGGUCCAUGAAGCAACACAACACAGAAAUAAUGCUGUGGCUAAUCUUGCGAAUGAGCUUGACUUGAAAAAUGACAAUCUGGAUCAGUUGCAGGUCAGGUAUAAUGAGAAGACACUGUCACUUAGCCGGAUGAUUGCAGAAAAAGACAUGCUACACCGUGCUUUUUCCGAAGAAACAAGGAGGAUGCAACGAAUUGCAAGGGAGCAUGUGCAAAGGGUAUUGGAUGAACAGGAGAUGUUGAAUAUGGAGUUGGAGAACAAGAGGAGACGACUUGAUACCUGGAGCAAAGAAUUGAAUAAGCGCGAGGCUUUAACAGAACGAGAGAAGCAGAAGCUUGAAGAGGAGAAGAAAAAGAAUGAUGUGAGAAACAAUUCACUUCAAAUGGCUUCUGAGGAACAGAAAAGAGCUGACGAGAAUGUCCUCAGGCUAGUUGAAGAACAAAAGAGGGAGAAGGAGGAGGCUCUGAAAAGAGUUCUUGAGCUUGAAAGGAAUCUGGCCGAGAAGCAGAAAUUGGAAAUGGAAAUUGAAGAACUGAAGGGGAAACUAGAAGUGAUGAAGCAUAUGGGAGGGGAAGAUGAUGCAGCUGUCCAGAAAAAGAUAAAGGAGAUGAAUGAGCAACUGGAAGAGAAGAUUGAGGAAAUGGAUGGUCUCGAAGAUUUAAACAAUCAACUCCUCACCAAAGAGCGAUCUAGUAAUGAUGAGCUGCAAAAGGCUCGCAAAGAAUUAAUAGAGGGCUUGAAUGAUAUGAUGAGUAGCAGCCGUGUAAACAUUGGGAUAAAGAGAAUGGGCGAAAUUGAUGAAAAGGCCUUUCUAAAUUCAUGCAAGGAAAGAUUUGCGCCUGAAGAAGCUGAGAUCAAGACUUUAGAACUUUGUUCCCUGUGGCAGGAAAAACUGAAAAAUCCGGAAUUUCACCCUUUUAAAAUUAUACCGGUUGAUGGGAAGCACGAGGAAGUGCUGGACGAGGAUAAUGAAUCACUACACGAGCUCAAGGAUGAAUGGAGUGAUGAAAUCUACAAUGCAGUCACAACAGCUUUGAAGGAAUUGAAUGAAUAUAAUCCAAGUGGACGUAAAGACACUCAAGCGCAAGAGAUAGAUGAAAUUCAGGGUGCAGACAAGGAUGAAAAGGUUGCAGACAAGGAUGAAAAGGUUGGAAUCACUGUCAGCGUAGAAGAUCUUUCCAAAAUGUUUAUAUUUUGUGCAUACUUGACUAGCGUGUCUUGA